UUAGACUAUUUUCUACACCAUUUUACGCAUGUGGCGGACAUGUGAUGAACAGCCGUUGUAUUGUUUAAUUGAAUUCACAAGGUCGAAUCACUCACAUUUUGUAACCAGCUUGAAUUGUAUGUACAGAAUAAAUGAAAAAAGAAACUGAUUUUUCCAAUUUUCAACAACAAUUCCCAUCGCCAAGCACGGCCUACUGAGCGAAAAAGGAGUUGCUCAGUUUAAAAAGCAAAACAUAGCUACACAGGCGUCCCGCACUACACCUGUCAAUGCUAUCGUCGGCUAGGGGAAGAGAUGAGCAGUUUGAGAGUAAAGUGUGUCUUCUGCGGAUUGAUAAUCGAUUGCCAGCGUGAAGACACGGCCAAGCUGCUGGCACACCUGCGGAACGAACAUUCGGAGAUGGGUAAUCAUAAACCGACGGCAGUUACCACUUCCAACCGCUCGAAAGCACAUCCAGCGCAGCCGGCAGAAAAGGCGGAGCUGGAAGAAGGCAGCGAUGCGUCGUUUGCUGAAAGCAUUUCCGAAUCGGAAGAGCUACUGCACCGGGAGCGAGUUGGAACAGGAACGUCAAGCGAUACUUCCAGCAAGAGCAACAGCUCGGAAGGUGCAGAAACUAUUCCACCGAAACGUAGUACACGACCCUUGCAUGUUUCGCUCGAGUCACAGCGCUCGGUGCUGUACCAAACAUCGCUCAGCUGCUGGCGCCCGGGAGGCAGACCCGUCUGCUGCCCGGAUUGUGGCGCACAUCAGGUACCGAUCGUUCGGUCGCACGCAACCGGAGCAACCUGGUCGUCGACGGUCGCUUCCUGCUUUCUCUUCUGCUGGCCGCUGUGCUGUUUGUCGUGGUUUUUCUCCGAACCGGUCAGCGAAUAUCUGCACUGUGCCCGGUGCGAUCAGCUGUUGGCGAAGCACGACAUCAAAGCGGAACGUGUCUCGCCCAACUAUGCAAUGCUUGACCGCGUUGAGGAUCAAUUGUAAUCGAGCGAAAUGAAGGGCUACUGCGCGAGGGGCAGGGAAACAUUCGUCUUCUUGUAAUAAACAGUGCCUUUGUAAAUGGUUUA